UCUCGAAUAAAAUUUAAUGUAAUUUGUGAUAAAUUAAUUUUAAAAUGUAAUUGAAUAAAAUUUUUUUUUAAAUUAACAAAGAAUAUUUUAGUCAAUAUUUGGAUAUUUGUAAAUAAUUGAAUGGGAAACAAAAAAGGGACGUAUAGGAUAUUGAUAUAAAAUAAACGGAUGAUGAUUAAGGAACCAUAAAACAGGAAAUUAUGCUGUCAUAAAAUGAAUUAGCAUCGAUGCAUAAUUUAAAUAAUGUUACAUAAGAUAAUGAAACCAUUGAAACUAUAGAUUAAAUAUAAAAUCUAAAUAACUGGAAUAUAACAAUCAAUGGGCUCUGGAAAAUUUUGUGUUUAAGAAGACGAACGAGAACAAACAAAAGGAAAAUAAAUAAAUUAAAUUAAAACGAAGACGAAAACAAAAACCAGAAAAGUAGAAACAUAAAAAAAGAAAAGAAAAAAAAAAUUAAUAAAGGUGGUGGUAGAUCUGAGAAUGCGAUCGGUACUUGGCCGUCAGAUGCUCACGCGAAGGUGACCGAGACCGGUUGUUCUGCUGUUUAAUAGUGAGUGCGAUCUGCGAUGUCAUUUGGAUAGUGCAUACUCUGCUAGAAGGACAUUAUCACCAGAAAGUAUUAAUCUUUUGGUUGUGACAGAAUUUAAAACAAAUUUUAGCAUGUAAAAUCUUUUUGUAAUAAAUUUGUAAAGAAAUUACUGGAGAUUAAAUAUCAGAGCAAGUUUAUACUAUUUAUUAUUUAUUUAAUAAAUAAAACUUUCUAACAUAAUAAUAAAGUAAUUAUUUAAAAUGUAUCAAAGAGCGGUAUUAAUUAAUUUGCCAAAAGCUCAAACAAUAGACAUUGAAUUUGAAAAUGUGUCUUAUAAAGUGAGAAAUGGUUUUCGUAAAGAAAAAAAAUCAAUUUUAAAAGGAGUUAGUGGUUGUUUUAAAUCAGGAGAGUUGACAGCAAUAAUGGGACCAUCAGGAGCCGGAAAAUCAACGUUACUUAAUGUUCUUACUGGAUUCCAUGAUUACAAUAUUAAAGGUACCAUUGAAUAUACCAGUGAGCACAAUAAACAGGGAUGGAAUACAUAUAGAAAAGCUGCAUGUUACAUUCAACAAGAUGAUCAAUUACACUCACUUUUUACAACUAUUGAGUCAAUGACUAUGGCAGCUAAUUUAAAAAUAGGAUGCAGCUUGAAUGAUAAAGCAAAACAAAUGUUAAUUGAUGAUAUUUUAGUAACCCUUGAUUUGACUAAAACUAAAGAAACUCGUUGUGACAGAUUGAGUGGAGGUCAAAGAAAACGUCUAAGCAUAGCAUUAGAAUUAAUAGACAAUCCGCCAAUAAUGUUUUUAGACGAGCCGACAACUGGAUUAGAUUCUUCCUCAACGUUGCAGUGCAUUGCAAUGUUAAGAAAUUUGGCAAAUGAUGGAAGAACAAUUGUUUGUACAAUUCAUCAACCCAGUGCUGCUAUUUAUGAAAUGUUUGAUCACAUUUACUUACUUGCUGAUGGAUAUUGUAUGUAUCAAGGAGCACCUUCAAAUACUAUUAAUUAUUUUAGUAAUUUAGGAUUAAAUUGUCCAAAGUAUCAUAAUCCAGCAGAUUAUAUGAUUGAAGUGGUCAGUAAAGAAUAUGGUAAUUUUAAUAAACAAUUAGCUGCAAUUGCUGCUUCAGGAUCACGUUGUUGGAGAACAUCAUUAUUCGUUAAAACUCAAAUUUAUGUUAAUGGAAUACCAAGUAAAUCAUCAAUUAAUGAUAAUUGUAAAAAAGCAACUGUUAUUAUAAAUCAACCGUCAGAAAUAACACGUUUCUGGAUACUAUUGAAUCGGUGCAUAGUUGAAUUGUAUCGUGAUUGGACGGUGACGCAUUUGAAAGUUGUCCUUCACUUUCUUGUUGCCGUUAUACUUGGUCUCGUUUUUGUUGACGCUGGAUCUGAUGGCUCUAAGACUAUAAAUAAUGUAAGUUUUUUACUUAUUACCGUAAUAUAUUUAUGUUACACAAGUAUGAUGCCUGCGGUAUUAAGAUUUCCAACGGAAUUACCGAUAUUAAAAAAAGAAAAAUUUAAUAAUUGGUAUUUACUAAGAACAUACUAUGCAGCAUUUUUAACAGCAAAUAUUCCUGUACAAAUGAUAUUUGCCGUCGUUUACUCAUCAGUUUCUUAUUUUAUGAGUAGCCAACCAUUGGAUCUUUAUAGAUUUUUAAUGUUUCUUAUUGUGACAAUAUUAACUACUGUUAUUGCUGAAAGUUUUGGUUUACUUAUUGGUACAAUGGUAAGUCCAGUAAAUGGUACAUUUAUUGGUGCUAUUUCAACAGCUGUAUUUUUAAUAUUUGCUGGUUUUUUGGUAUUUUUACGGCAUAUGCCAAAAAUAAUGUACUACAUUAGUUAUAUGAGUUAUUUGAGAUACGCACUGGAGGCACUUGUCCAAGCAAUUUAUGGUUAUAACCGUGAAAAAUUACCAUGCCCAUCUGAAGUUGACUACUGUCAUUACCGAUCACCCUCGAGUAUUCUCAAUGAACUGUCAAUGGCUGACGCUAAAUUCUGGAUUGAUAUUAUUAUAUUACUUGGUUACUUUGUUAUUCUUAGAGUAAUUGGUUACUGUACACUUAAAAGAAAAUUGUCAAGUAAUUUAUAAUAACUAAUUUAAAUACCUCCAUUAAUUGUUAAGUAAUAAUCUAAUAAUAAAUUAAUAUUUCAUUUUACGUCCGACAGUGAUUUCGCAACAGUUAUACAUUAAGACUCAAUGCUAAAAAAAUUAUAAAUUGUAAUCUAAU